UAAGUGGGGAAUACUUCAUUUGGAAUUUGAUAUCACAAAAAAAAAAAGAACAAGAAGAAAGAAAGAUAAAGAUACUCUCCCACAUGUAUAGGCAGCAAGAGAUGAAGCAGCAGCAUCCCCCUCCUCCUCUAGUCCCCCCCAUUAUGCUUAGUGACUAUGGAGUUGCAGAAAUAACAUGGGAAAAUGGUCAACCAACCAUGCAUGGGCUCGUAAGUGCUGAUGAGACACUAGAGUCCAUUGUUCAUCAAGCUACAACAUAUUACAACCAAACUCCAAACCAAGUAAAUGAUUUGCCACAAAACGAGAUCCGGCCUAAAGUUCCUAAAAAUAAUCUAGGCGGGGCAAAUAAUAUUGCAUCUUCUAGUGCGAAAUGGGGCAAUAGUGCAAGCCAAAGUUACCUCAAGAAAAGACCAAGACCAUCUGUUAUUGUACAUGAUCAAUUUUUUGGAAAUUUGCAAGUAGAAGAUAAUGUUAGCAAUAGUGCUACAAUUACUUCUAAAGAGAAUGACACUACAAUGAUGACAUGGCCUUCAUCCGAUUCGCCUAAUCAGAGUUUCAAGAGCCAAAAAACAGACGAUGACUCUGCUGGUCUAUAUGGAUCGGAAAAUCAAGAAGAAGAAUGCAGGAAUAAUGAGGGUGAAACAGUCCGGUCUCAUUCAAGUAGGCGAAGCAGGGCUGCUGCCGUUCAUAACCAAUCCGAACGACGACGAAGAGAAAGAAUCAACCAGAAGAUGAAAGCUCUGCAGAAGUUGGUGCCUAAUGCUAAUAAGACGGAUAAAGCAUCAAUGUUGGAUGAAGUGAUAGAUUACUUAAAGAAAUUACAAUCACAAGUACAGCUAAUGAAGAACAUGCCAUUUCCACCACAACAAAUGAUGAUGCCAAUUCCCCUACAACUGCAACAGCAGCAGCAGCAGCAACAACAACAACAACAGCUUCAGAUGUCGAUGCUGGCCCGAAUGGGAAUGGGAUUUGGCCUUCAGAUGGGUAUGCCCGGAAUCAUGCCCCAGCCAGCUCAUCAUCCUUUUAUGGCCCCACAAACCAUGAUUAACCCUGGACAUGUAGGCGCCACAUCACAAACAAUCCAUAGUCGCCCGUCCACCAACACAACUCCUUUCAGUGAUCCACAUAGCGCGUUUCUUGCACAACAUAUGAACAUGGAUAUGUUCAACAACAUGGCCGCUUUUUAUCGGCAACAAGCCAAUCAGGGAAAGUCAAUGGGCAUGGACUCGUCUCAGCCAGAGCAUGUUCAUGGCAAGUGAUGAACAACAAAAAAGAUCUUGUAGUUAUUACAUAUAGAUUAUUUUGAAUACAUCGACGUAUGCAUUAUCUUGUUGAUCAUGUAAGCGUGUAACUCGUGUAUUUAUAUAUUCCUAGUGGGUUGUGCUAGUUUGUUAUAA